AGAUAAGGUAAAAACUUCUCUCACAAACGACUGUGGGCCUUCAGGGUAUCCACAGAUCAGCCAUGGGGAAGUACAAAGACAAUCGGAAAUGGACCCUCAGCUGGAUCAUACUCGCUGUUGGAAUAAGUUCCACUCAAUCAGCAAAUGGACCAGUCAACGUUCCACCACUGACCAGGACCAUCUCUGGACUGAGUCCGGCUCAUAAUGAACGAGUCUGCAGCACCUGGGGCAAUUCCAACUUCAAGACCUACGAUGGAGACUUUUUCCAGCUCCUGUCUACGUGUAACUACAUCCUGACGUCACAGUGUUCAAGCAGCUACGAGGACUUCAACGUUCAGCUGAGGCGGCAGGUCGUCAAUGGCGAGCCCCUGAUCAGCAAAAUCACUAUGAAGCUGGAUGGCACAGUGGUGGAACUUUCCAACGGUUCCGUCAGCGUGGACGGACAGGAGGUCACUCUGCCGUACAGCCAUUCUGGUGUCCUCAUUGAGACAAACCCCACUUACAUCAAAGUCAUCGCCAAACUGGGACUCGUGGCCAUGUGGAAUAGAAAAGAUGCUUUCUUGGUGGAAUUGGACAACAAGUACAAAAAUCAGACUUGCGGACUUUGUGGUGACUUUAACGGCGUCCAGCUCUACAACGAGUUCAUCAAAAAUGGCGUUGAGAUUUCUCCAUCAGACUUCGCCCAAUUUGCGAAGAUGGAUGCUCCCACCGAGAGCUGCAGUGAAUCAGCACCUCCAUCAGACGACACCUGCAUCAAACUGACGGCAGCCUGUGAGCAGUUGCUCUCAGGCCCGGCUUUCAGUGACUGCAAAGACCUCAUCUCCCUCGACUACUUUAUCAAAGCCUGUGAGUUGGACAUGUGCCAGUGCAGCGGCAACUCCAGCAACUUCUGCCUGUGUGGCACCAUCUCUGAGUAUUCACGCCAGUGUGUGCAUGCUGGAGGAAAGCCGGGCCAGUGGAGGACAGAGCAGUUCUGCCCCAAAACAUGCCCUUAUCCAAACAUGGUGUAUCAGGAGUGUGGAAACCCUUGCAUUAAUACCUGCUCGAAUCCUGACCGAGGACAAGUGUGUGAGGAACACUGCAUCGAUGGCUGUUUCUGCCCUUCAGGUUCGGUCCUGGAUGAUCUGACUGGUCGAGGGUGCAUCGCACAGGAUCAGUGCUCCUGCAUUCACGAUGGUGAAAUCUAUCACACCGGCCAAAACUUCACCAGCAACUGUAAAGAAUGCACAUGUACCUCGAACCAGUGGAGCUGCACUGAGAAAGAUUGUCCAGGUACAUGCUCUGUAGAGGGAGGAUCUCACAUCACCACGUUUGAUGGGAAAUCAUACAACUUCCACGGUGACUGUACAUACAUUCUGGCUGAGCAAACCAACGGCGCUGAGUUUGUGGUUGUAGGAGACCUGGUGCGUUGUGGUUUGACGACCACUGAAACAUGUCUGAAGGCCGUGACCCUGGCUCUGUCUGCCGGAAGCACAGUGUUUAACAUCCAGCCUGACGGAAAGGUCUUCCUCAACCGAAUCUAUUCGCAGCUUCCUGUCUCUACAGCUGGUGUGAAUAUUUUCCGCCCCACCACAUUUUACAUCAUCGUCCAGACGUCUUUUGGGCUUCAGAUGGAGAUCCAGCUCGUACCCAUCAUGCAGGUUUACAUAACUGUGGAUGUGACUCACAAGCAAAACUUACUCGGUCUGUGUGGAAACUUUAACGGCAUCCAAAUCGAUGAUUUCACGACCAUGAGUGGAUCCCGUGAAGGAACCGGUGUUGGUUUUGGGAACAGCUGGAGGACAAGAGCGACCUGUCCUGAAGUAAAGAACACGUUCGAGAACCCCUGCAGUCUCAGUGUGGAAAAUGAAAAAUAUGCUCAGAAAUGGUGCUCCAUGUUGUCAGACCCUAAUGGCGUUUUUGCGUCGUGUCACUCUGAGAUCAGCCCAGAUAUCUACCAAAAGAACUGCAUGUAUGACACCUGCAACUGUGAGAACAGCGAGAACUGCAUGUGUGCUGCUCUCUCAUCUUACGUCCACGCCUGCGCCGCGAAAGGAAUCCUUCUCAGUGGCUGGAGGAGCGAAGUGUGCACGAAAUAUGCUACCAGCUGCCCGAGCACCAUGGUUUAUACCUACGACAUCAGCGCUAGCGUGCAGUCAUGCCGCUGUCACAGUGACCCAGAUUUCACCUGUGCUGUGACCUUUGACCCGGUGGAUGGGUGCGUUUGUGCCGAAGGAACGUAUCUCGACGAUAACGGCAAAUGCGUUCCGCUGAAUCAAUGUUCCUGCUACUACAAAGGGUCUGUGAUUCCUCCUGCGGAAGUCAUCAGCAAGGACGGGACCAUGUGCACCUGUAAGAACGGCAAACUCAGCUGCAUCGGAUCUACCGCCGACGAGCCAUCUUGUUCCUCACCAAUGGUGUUCUUCAACUGCUCUGAUGCUACUCCAGGAUCUACAGGCUCUGAGUGCCAAAAGAGCUGUAACACAUUAGACAUGGCCUGUAUCAGCACGGAGUGUGUCUCAGGCUGUGUGUGUCCUGCGGGACUCGUGUCCGAUGGGGGAGGUGGCUGCAUUGAAGAGGCUCUUUGUCCUUGCGUGCAUAACAGUCAAAUUUACCAGCCUGGAGAAUCCAUCAAAGUAGACUGCAAUACCUGCACAUGCAAGGACAGGAAGUGGCAAUGCAGCACAGAUUUGUGCCACGGGACCUGUACAGUGUAUGGAGAUGGAAAUUACAUCACGUUCGAUGGAAAAAGAUACACUUUUGAUGGAGACUGUGAAUACACUCUUGUCAGGGAUAACUGUGGUCACAGCAAUACCAGCGGCACUUUCAGAGUCAUCACGGAAAACAUUCCCUGUGGAACAACUGGCACCACCUGCUCUAAAGCCAUCAAACUCUUUCUGGGGAGUAACGAGCUCUUACUAACAGAUGGAGGCUAUGAAGUUAUUCAAAGAGAUGGAGGAGAUGAAAUUCCCUACCAGAUCAGCAUUAUGGGCAUUUACAUGGUCAUUGAAGCUAAUAACGGGCUAAUUCUGAUGUGGGACCAGAAGACAAGUAUAUUCAUCAAGCUCAGUCCUAAUUUCAAGGUAAAUAUACAUGCAUGCAGAUUAGUGAAUAAAUAUUAAAUAAUUCAACAGAACGAAGUUAUCAUCGCAACUAUGUUGAUCUCUCAUGACAGGGUGAGGUCUGUGGUCUCUGCGGGAAUUAUGAUGGCAACACAAUCAAUGACUUUACCUUGAGAAACCAAGGUGUGGUAAACAACGCAUUGGAUUUUGGAAACAGCUGGAAGGAGU